UAAAUCAUUUCAAGAUGAACAAGAUUAUCAGCCUGUUUGUAGUGAUUGCCAUCGUCGCUUUUGCCCGUGCCAAGCCACAACCGAAACCGGACAUUCUCGCGUACAAUGUGGCCGGUGUUCCGGUCGUGGCUGCUGCUCCAGCCGUCGCUAGCUACGCGACCGUCUACGAGCAAACGUUCCACGGUAAUCUGGCGCCUGCCGCUUACGUUGCCUACUCCGCUUACGAUCCAUACGUGUCUGCCGUGCCGGUGCCUCUCGGUGCUUCCAUUCUGUUGAAGAAGUAA